CCUAGCUACUCAGCGAUCCCACGCGCUGUGAUGAAAACUGAAUAACUGAUCCCACGGCACAUGAUAAUCCGAUCCUACUGGCCGGCUCCCCUUAUAUAUACGUGGGCUGGUCAUCAUAGAAGAGAACAAUCUCGCAGCCUCUCUUUUCCUUUCCUGUUGGGAUCAAGGAAAACCCUCCAUUCCUCUCUCUCUCCUGCGCGUCCUGGUUAGGGUAUAGCAGAUGACGUGUCCGUGGCGGGAUGACGACUUCAUGAACGCCGAUGUUGGCCAUAGCGGGCUUACGCCUACGGAUGAGCGCCGUGCCCAUGUUGGCAACCUCCCCUGGCGCGCCGACAGCCGCUCACUCAUAGACGCCUUCGCCAACCACGGCGUGCGCUACGCCGAGGUCAUCGUCGACAGGGAGACGGGCAGAUCCCGCGGGUUCGGCUUCGUCACCUUCGAGGACAGCAAAUCGAUGAACAGCGCCAUCAAGGACAUGAACGGACAGGAGCUGGGCGGCCGUAACAUCACUGUCAACCAGGCCAACCAGCGUUCCCGCCGCUGAAGGGCAUGAACAGCAACAUCUAGGAGGUCGGCCAACUGGCCAUUUAGCUUCAGCUUAUCAACUUAUCUUGAGUCUCGUUUAGUUUGUGCCCGUGAAAUGGAAUGGAACCUGUUGGUCUAUCUAUGUCGCGCGUCUUUAUUGUUAUGUUGGAACACGAUUAUCUGCGUUGCGUGUCCUCAUGGUUGUGUUGAA